UUUUUCCCCUCUUAACGGAUAAGCUCUUCACCCUCCGGCACCCUCUCUUCUCCUCCUUAGAAGAAGAAAACUGAUGGCGGCUUCCUGUAAUCUUUUCCUACUCCCCUUCGCCAAGAGCCCUGCCUUCUCCUCCCUCCUCUCAUCUCGCCCUCACCUCCCAACCCCCUCCCGCCACUCCGUCGCCCUCUGCUCCGCCUCGCUCCCUCUCCGGCCGCCGUCCGCGGCGGGGCCGCUCGACCCUGCCGUCGCCGCCGUCAGCCCGGCCCUCCGGCAUGCGAACGUUUUCUUCUUCAGGUCGGGCUACAACGUCCAGAUCAUGGUGGAUGAGAAUGAGUCCGAGGAGGCCCUCCUGCGGCGGUUCCGGCGGGAGGUGUCGAGGGCCGGGGUGAUCCAGGAGUGCAAGCGGCGGAGGUUCUUCGAGAACAAACAGGAAGAGAAGAAGCGGAAGGCUCGUGAAGCUGGGCGAAGGAAUCGGAGGAGACGGUCAGGGCCAAGAUUCUUCUCGUCGUCAUCCUCGUCAUCAUCAUCAGCAGCAGCAGGUGGUGAUGCUGCUCGUAAAUUGCCUUCAGAGGAUGUAGAUGACAACUGGGAAAUGCCGGACGGCGACCUUCCUUACUGAAAGUUGGAAGCAUUUAUGCUCAGUUUUUUACAGAUGCAAUUUUUGUAUGAUCGAUUUGUAGUUCUAAUGAAUUGUACAGAUUGCUCUUCCCUUGAUAUCUGCAGCUUCAGUAGCAUGGAUGGUUGCACAACUUAUCAAGGGCCUUUGUUUGAAUUCUUAUAAAAUUUUUAUGAGGUUCAAGUCGGAGAGUUGUACUAAAAAUUGGUAGAAAUUGUGCUCUGAACAUUUAUAUUCUUUGCAAA